UAUCAAAAGUCAAUCAAUUGUUGUUAAAUUUUAUGUUGUUAUUGUUAUUUUCUGUAUAUAAAUCUAAAUUAUUCGGGUUUCAUUUUUUUUUAAUUGUGUCGAAAAUUUGUUGAUUUUUCCAUAAAAAAAAGUUUUAAUAAACAAAAUGGAAACUUAUUUUAAAUUAUUAGAUUUUAUUCAAUUUGGUCUAUUGCCCCGAAUUCCGUGGCUGCAACGAAUCAUUGAGAACAUUGAACAGUGUCUAAAUAUUCCUCAACGAUAUAUACUACAGGCAUUCGUUGUUUCCAUAUUCUGGAUAAUGGCUACAACAUAUCUUUCUAUGCUUUCAACAUAUUUAAUCUUCUAUCUUUAUCCAUCAUAUCAAACAAUACAUGCUAUCCAUACGAAUGCAAAUAAAUCCGAAUUAAUUCGUUGGUUAAGCUAUUGGUCAGUAUUUGCAUUUUUCAUACCAUUCGAACGUUAUGGAGAUAUCGUAUUGAAUUCGAUUCCAUUCAUCAAUAUAUUACGAUUAUUAUUCGGUUAUUGGUGUUAUUCUAGCCAUUUUGAUGGCUCACGUUUAAUUAUGAAACGUUAUCUAUUACCAAUAUAUCGAUGGAUCGAAAAGAAUAGUAUCGAUCAGAUUGGAUCACAAGCUAUUGAUCGAUUGAUUGAAUUUAGUAAUAAUCAAAAUAAUGAUAAAAAUAAGCGCAAAAAUAUCCGUCGACGACAGCCACAAUUGAAUCGUAAUCAAUUGUCAACCAUACCAGAGAAUAAUAAUAUUAUUCAUCCUCAACAAUUAAUUGAACGAUCAUGUGACACCUCACCUGAAAGUGAUUCCAUAUAUCUGGAUUGAUUCUAAAUAUUCAUUUUAUCAGUUUUUUAUCUCUUUAUAAGUGAUUUCGUUUAUUCGAAUGAAUGAAACAAUUUGUUCAAAUUCGAAAGCCCAUUAAAUAUUUUAUUAUGACUGUUGAAAAACGAAAUUUGAUUUUGAACAAUAAAAAUAAAUUGGUCCAAUGCUAUUGAUGGAUAUUUUAGAUAGAGAAAGAAA